AUUGGAGCAAUGACGGGCGAAGACCGCGGGCUGAACGUUUGGGUCCAAACUCCAGCCGCCGCAGACUAGCAGCUGGAACCUGAGAGAAGUAUGGCUCGGCCGUACGUUUGCGUGCUGACCCUGGCGGCUAUGCUGCUGCUAGGCAUCGCCACCGUCACCAGAUCCAAGGGCCUGAGGGACACUGAGCAUCAGAGGGCAUCGCCAAUUCCUUCUCAGUUCAGCCAAGAGGAACGCGUCACAAUGAAGGAAUCGCUGAAAGGUGCCGUCCAGAUCCCAACGGUGUCUUUCAACCCCGGGGAGUUCAACACCACAGCCCUGGCUGAGUUUGGAGAAUACAUUCAUAAAGUCUUUCCUACUGUGUUCAGAACCAGCUUUAUCCAGCAUGAAGUCGUGGGAGAAUACAGCCACCUGUUCACUGUCCAAGGCUCGGACCCAAGCUUGCAGCCCUACAUGCUGCUGGCUCACAUUGAUGUGGUGCCUGCCCCGGACCAGGGCUGGGAAGUGCCCCCGUUCUCUGGGUUGGAACGUGAUGGCUUCAUCUAUGGUCGAGGCACACUAGACAACAAGAACUCUGUGAUGGCAAUCCUGCAGGCCUUGGAGCUCCUGCUGAUCAGAAAUUACAUCCCCCGAAGAACUUUCUUCAUUGCUCUGGGCCAUGAUGAGGAGGUGUCAGGGGCACAUGGGGCUCAGAAGAUCUCAGCCCUCCUCCAGGCAAGGGGCGUCCAGCUCGCCUUCAUUGUGGAUGAGGGUAGCUUCAUCUUGGAUGGUUUCAUUCCCAGCCUCAAGACGCCCUUUGCCAUGGUUUCGGUCUCAGAGAAGGGUUCACUUGACCUCAUGCUGGAAGUAAACAUGACUCCGGGCCACUCUUCAGCUCCUCCAAAGGAGACUAGCAUUGGCAUCCUCGCAGCUGCUGUCAGCCGACUGGAGCAGACUCCAAUGCCAAACAUGUUUGGAAGUGGGCCCUUGAAGAUGACGUUGCAGCAACUGGCUAAUGAGUUUUCCUUCCCUGCCAAUGUCAUCUUCAACAACCUGUGGCUAUUUUGGCCCCUCGUAAGCAGGUUGAUGGAGAGAGAGGAUAUAACCAAUGCGCUGGUCAGGACCACUACGGCAGUCACCAUGUUCAAUGCAGGGAUCAAGGUGAACGUCAUCCCCCCAGUGGCCCAGGCUACAGUCAACUUCAGGAUUCACCCUGCACAGACGGUCCAGGAGGUCCUUAAACUGGCCAAGGAUAUUGUGGUGGAUGACCGGGUCCAGUUCCAUGUAUUGGAGAGCUUUGAGCCCCUGCCUGUCAGUCCCUUUGAUGACCAGGCCUGGGGCUACCAGCUGAUCCGCCAGACCAUACAGUCCGUCUUCCCGGAAAUCAACAUUGUUGUUCCAGGUACUUGUAUUGCUCAAACAGACAGCCGACACUAUACAAACCUCACCACUGGCAUCUAUAGGUUCAACCCCGUCUACCUGCAGCCUCAGGACUUCCGUAGCAUACAUGGAAUCAACGAGAGAAUCUCAGUCCAAGCCUACGAGAGCCAGGUGAAAUUCAUCUUUGAGUUUAUCCAGAACGCUGACACAGAACAGAGGCCAAUGUCUCACCUGCACGAAUUGUGAGGUCCCGGAGCAGCUGGAUCGGGGGUGCCUGACCCUAGGCCAGGACUAACCCAAGGGAGAAAGCCAAUGUUGAUGAAACUUUGGGUCAAAACCACAUUGUAGCCCUGGCCGGGUCGCCCAUUGGUUAGAGCAUCACCCCCGAUAUUCAAGACUGCGGGUUCAAUCCCUGGUCAGGACUCAUACGGGAAACAACCAAGGAAUGCAUAAAUAAGUCGAACAACAAA